AGGUGGAGAUGCACAUGCAAUCGAAGUUGACAAUCAAACGAAGUUCGAUGACUUCAAGAUGGAAAUAGCAGAAAUGUUUAAUUGUAGCAUUAGUACUAUGUCUAUCAAAUGCUUCGUCCCUGGUAAUAGGAAGACUCUCAUUACUGUCUCCAAUGACAAGGAUUUAGAGCAGAUGAUAAAAUUUCACGGGGAUUCUAUAACUGCUGAUGUGUAUAUCAUAAUGGAAGAAACUGUUGCUCCUGAUAUUUCUAACAUGCCAGCCAAUAGGUCAAGUAGAACAACUUUGUCUGAAGAAGUGCCUCCACUUGAUCCCCCUCUUGAUGUUGUUGAUGAUACCACCCAACACAAUAUUCCAAUUGGGGCCUCUCUAGAUAUUUGCUGAUAACGCCAAUUUUGAUGCACACAUUGAUCUUCCACCUGAUAUUGCAUGUGUUCUUUCUAUUUCUGUGGUUCCCUAUGAGAAGCAUGCUAAAGGUGCUGCACAGUGCCAGAACACAAUUACAGGAGUGGGGCAAAAAUUUGAUAGUGUUCAUGAAUAUCGUGAAUCAUUGCGUAAAUAUGCCAUUGCACAUCAGUUUGCAUUUAGGUUUAUUAAGAAUGAUGGCCAUCGUGUGACUGCUAAGUGCAAAGCAGAAGGUUGCCCUUGGAGUAUUCAUGCAUCAAAGGGGUCAGCCACUCAGCUGAUCAGCAU